AUGGCGACGGCCAGCAUAUCGUAUUCGGCGCUUGCUUAUAAUGGACAGGUAACCGGGAACAUGAUCAGCGGAGCCGCGCAGCAGCACAAAAAGCGACUGAUACCGCUGCGUCGAACCGACGCGAUGAGCCACGCCGAGAGGCGCAACGGCCAGAUAUUGGAGGAGAUCUAUCGCGCCGGCGGUCCCGACUGUUUUCAGCAGAUCUCGUCGGGCUACACGAGCGACACCGAUGAGCCGGCGUUCCUUCGGCUCAACAUCGGCGGAACGCCUUUCAUGAUUCUCGUCGACGCGAUUCUUCGCGCCGAGACGAACACGUUCCUUUCGCGAUUCGUCCAACUAUCACACUCGGCAAGAUUAAAGGUCGCUGAUGCUUACAUUCAAUCCGAGGAUGCGUAUUAUUUUCAACGCUCACCGACCUCAUUCGAAGCCGUUUUUCAAUACUACGCCACCGGUGUUGUUCAUCGACCGUCGGAGGUGUGUCCCGCUUCAUUUCUAGGCGAACUCGAUUUCUGGCAAAUUUCGCACCAAUUCGUCGGCUCGUGCUGCGCCGACAUCAUACCGCAGAAGCGCGAAGAGGAGAAGGAGGAGGAGAAAGUUGACGACACGACAUUCGACAAAUUGAUGUUCGGCAAAUUGCGCAGAAGAAUGUGGACAUUUUUGGAAAGGCCCGGAUCAUCAAUGCAAGCAAAAGCGUUCGAGCUCUCGUCGACAUUGUUUGUGGCAAUAUCGGUGAUGGGUCUGAGCUUCGGAACGAUACCCGAAUUUCAAGUCCCUCAAAAUAUGCCACCGCAUAAUGAGACGAUCGUGCUUCCCAAUGGUACGGUGAUUGUUGUUGGGAAAGUUGAGCAAAUGCGCGUCGAACACCCGGCGUUUGUGUUCACCGAGCGCAUAUGCAUCGCGUUUUUCACAGUUGAGUAUUGUUUACGAUUUUUUGCGGCGCCUCGAAAGCUGCGCUUCGCGUUGAAACCGCUGAACCUCGUCGAUCUGCUCGCGAUUGUGCCGUUCUACUUGGAGCUUCUGUUGACACUGUGCGGUGUUGACGACAAAAAACUGCGCGAUUUGCGUUGGGCGUUCCUCGUCGUUCGAAUCCUUCGCGUCCUUCGCGUCAUCAGAAUCAUCAAGCUCGGACGAUUCUCAUCAGGACUUCAAACGUUCGGAAUGACGCUUCAAAGGUCGCAAAAACAAUUGCAAAUGAUGACAAUCGUGCUGCUCACUGGUGUCGUCUUCUUCUCCACAAUGAUCUACUUCCUAGAAAAGGACGAGGAAGGAACACCGUUCACUAGUAUACCGGCAGCCUACUGGUGGUGUAUAGUGACGAUGACAACGGUAGGAUACGGUGACGCCGUUCCAGCAACAACAAUGGGCAAAAUAAUCGCGUCCGCCGCAAUCAUGUGCGGUGUGCUCGUGUUGGCUCUGCCGAUCACCAUCAUCGUCGACAACUUCAUCAAAGUCGCGCAGGACGAGCAGCAAGCCGAGCAGAUCAAAAUCGAUCAAGGACGCGAGGCGCAGGCACUAGAGGAAAUGCUCAAACAUCACGACUAG